UUCUCCUGCAACUUCCACCUGUGUAUUAACGACUCCGCUGACCCAGCAGAUCCCGCGGACUGGACGAAAUCGCCGCAACUGAGCGAGAGCACAGCGUGGGACGGUAACCUGGAUCUUCAGGAGAGCAGAAGACACCAGUCCGCCACCCCUUCUUCUUCUUCGUCUUCUUCCUCCCCUCCCACUUCUUCUUCCUCUCCUUCCCCUCGCCCUGCGACCGCCGCCGCCGCCGCCAUCCUCCCCUCCUCGGAAUCGCACCCUGCCUCCUCCUCCUCCUCCUCCUCUUCCCACUAUUCCUCCUCUCGCCCCCUCCGCCCUCUGUCCACCCUCGGAUCCCGACAACCUGGCCUCUUCCAGCGGCCUCCGACGGUGCUCCCCUCCUCCUCCUCCUCCUCCCCCUCCUCCUUCCCGUGCUUCAGCCAAAUCAUCGGCGGGCCUCCUGCAGCGCCUUCGCCCGUCAUCAGGGAGCCGUCGGCUGUAAAGGUGUGCGUCGACCUCGACUCCACGCGAUGGUACAAGCCCCCCCGCCCGCCCAAGGACUCGGUGACCGUCGGUGACGACCCAAGGGCUGCUGCUGCUGCCGCGGAGGAGGAAGAACCCCUGCUUAAGGGCGAGGACGAGGAAGGGUCCGGCGGACAGCCCCCCCAUCCCCCCUGGCUUCUUCAGUCUCUUUCUCAGACACAAGAGGACCGGGGAGGCCUGGGUUUUGCUCGGAUGCGCAUAAAAGCCGAAAAAGACAAGAUGACGAUGAGGAGCGAAGCCAUGCGCUACUGGCGAUCAAUCCAUAACAAGUACUCGCUUCUCAAUGGCUUCAGCCGGCAGCGGCGCUCAGCCAUGGCCAAGAAGCAGCGGCAGCGCAUAAAGGACCGUAACAACAUGUCCAUCUUCUUCGUGCUGGUGUUCCUGCUGGUGUUCAUCGUGAUCCUGAUCGCGGAGGUGUUCUUCAUCGACGAGCACCGCACCGGCAUGCUCUUCAUGGGCAAGAGGCCCUCCGACUUCGACCCGAUGGGCGACAUCCCGGACUACUUCAUGGACGACAAGAAGCUCGUGGGGCAGCUCGAGAUCGACACCUACCGGCGGCAGGAGCUGUCGGUGAAGGGCAAGACGGGCAACAACGAGGAGCGCUUCUUCAGGAAGAACGUCGACGAGACCCACCUCAUGGCCAGGGUCACGGGCAACAUCGUCAAGUCCGUGCACGGCAUCACCAAGGUGGACUGGCUCAAGAUGCUGGGCCUGAAGGAGGUCGAGUACUACGGCCAGAACAGCUCGGCGACGGACGCCCACUGGGUCCCCGUCUACCACACGAAGCACAAGUUCUACGUCUACUCCGCCUACUACGACGACCGCAAGGGCAGGAUCAUCCGGGUCAUAGGCACCACGCAGACCAAGAAGAGCGACCGCGUCUGGUGCAAGUACUGGUACUCGAACUCCAGCACGCUCAUCGUCAACGGCGCCAUCAAGAUCAUCCGGGAGAACUGGAACCUCAAGUACUCCGCCUGCUUCAUCGCCUGCCCCCUCACCAUCUACAAGAACGGCAAGCAGCCCAUCCCGCCCCCGGAGAGCGUCUCCGUCAUGGCCGACCCGGGCGGGAACGCCACCAACAAGCUGCGGGUGAUGAACCUCGACGUCAACAAGGACGAGGUGAAGAACGGCUUCGCCGUGUGCGUGAAGCCCUUGCACUUCGACUACAACAACAUCAACCAGAUGAUCGAGUUCAUAGAGCUCAACAAGAUCCUCGGGGUGGAGCACUUCACCCUGUACAACCACACCAUAGGGAAGGACGUGGACUGCAUCCUGAAGAGGUACUCGGACCUGGGACUGAUCAACAUCCUGCCGUGGAAGCUGGACAUCAAGUCGCAGAAGGAGAUCAGGACGGAGGGGCUGUUCGCCGCCCUCAACGACUGCCUCUACCGGUACAUGUACCAGUACAAGUACAUCCUCAUGAUCGACCUGGACGAGUACAUCGUGCCCCACACGAACACCAGCCUGCCGGAGUUGCUGAGGUACCUCCACACGAAGGCCGACGCCAAAAAGAUAGGGGCCAUCAGCUUCCAGAACUCGUUCUUCUACCUGCAGUGGCCCGAUGACCCCAGCAGCGCCUCCCUGCCGCCCUUGGUGACCCUGAGGAAGACCAGACGUCGCCAGAGGUUCCUACCGCACAAGCAGAGAUCGAAGUACAUCGCAGUGACGCCCUUCGUCGUGGAAGCAGGUGAGAUGAAUGAAUGA